GUGGGGUCGGGCUGAGCCUCUGUCACUCCCCCGAGCGGGGUGGUGGCAGUGCCACCGUCCCGCUGCGGCCCUGGGAGGUGACACCGCGUCCGUCUGUCCCCUCCGCGUCCGUCUGUCCCCGCCGCGUCCGUCUGUCCCCGCCGUGUCCCCUCCCGCCGCCGGAAGGGGCUGGCGCUGUCGCCGUGUCCCCAAGGGGGUCGCCGGAGUCCUUGUGGCCCAGGGGCUGCGUCCGGGCCGGGGACGGGUGUGUCCGUCUGUCCCCGGGGUCUGUGUGUCUGUCCCCAGGGUCUGUGUGUCCCCAGGGUCCGUCUGUGUGUCCCCAGGGUCCGUCUGUGUGUCCCCAAGGUCUGUCCGUCUGUCCCCAGGGUCUGUCUUUCUGUCCCCACGGUGUCUCAGUCCCCUGGCUGUGUCCCUUCCUGUGUCUGUGUGUCCUCGUGUCCGUGUGUCCAUCCCUCUGUCCUUGUGUCCAUAUCCGUGUCCCCGUGUCCCUCUGUCCCCCUGUCCCCUGUCCAUCCGUCCCCUGUCCCUCUGUGCGUCCCUGUCCCUGUCCCGUGUCCCUCUGUCCCCCUCUCCCUCUGUCCCGUCUCUCUGUCCGUCCCUGUCCCGUGUCCAUCUGUCCCCCUGUCCCUCUGUCCGUCUGUCCCUGUCCCCAUGUCCCCUCUGUGGCUCCUGGCUCUGCUGGCCCUGACACCGGGGGUCCCGGGGGGUCCCGAGGUUUGUCCCGGUGUCAGUCCCGGUGCCCAUCCCGAUUGUCCCGCUGUCUGUCCCAAUUGUCCCGCUGUCUGUCCCCGUUGUCCCGGUGUCUGUCCCGGUCCGGCGCUGCCGCUGCCGGUCCCGGACGGGCUCAGCCGCCUCCGCCCGGUGCCCCCCGGGACCCUCCCGGAGCUGCUCCGGCGCUUCCCGGUGCUGGCGCUGCUGCGGAGCCCCGGGGGCAGCGGGCACCGGGCCCAGGAGCUGCGGGCGCUCGAGCUGGUGGCGCAGGCUCUGGAGCCCCGCGGGGUCGGGUUCGGGAUCGUGGACACGGACACGGAGCCGGAGCUGGCCCGGGAGUGGGGGCUGGCGGGCCGCUGGCGCCUGGCGCUGCUGAGGGGACACUCGGUGACAGAGUACCCGGGGGAGCUGGCGGUGCCAGCGCUGCUGCGCUUCCUGAGCCAGGCACUGCCCCAGCAGCUCCGGGACUUUGGGGACAUCGAGGAGGAGCCCGAAGGCACCGGGGACUGCUGGGGACAGCGCAGGCCUUCCAGUCCUUCAUCAUCACCCGGCGCUUCCACCCCUCCCUCCUCUUCCUCGCCACAUUCAACCCCCAGGGCCCCUCUGCGGCAACUCAGAGCUCAGAGCACGGCCGGGAGCUGGGAGGACGCCCUGCAUGGGACCCCCAUCGUGGCCUUCGCCGUGGGGGACGAUCCUGAUGGGUUCGAGUUCGUGGAGACCCUCAGGGAGGUGGCCCAGGACAGGAGGGAGCAGCCCGACUUCAGCAUCCUCUGGAUCGACCCCGGAGAUUUCCCGGGGCUCGUCCCUAUUUGGGAGGACACCUUCGACAUCGACCUGUCCCGGCCACAGCUGGGAGUGGUCAAUGGCACCGACUUAGCCAGCAGCGUGUGGCUGGACAUGGAGGAUGAGGAGGAUCUGCCGGGACCUGAGGAGGUCCUGGAGUGGCUCCAGGAGGUGCUGGAGGGGGACACCAGGGAUGGUGAGGAUGAAGAGGAUGACGACGAUGAUGACGAUGAAGAUUAUGACGAUCAUGAUGAUGAAGAUGAAGACGAUGAAGAAGAUGAAGAUGAUGAUGAUGAAGUUGAUGCUGACUGA